AUGGCAUCGAGCACUCGUUCAGGUGUCAUUACACUAUUGCAUACGGCAUGUGGUGCCGGAGUCUUAGCCAUGCCCUAUGGGUUCAAACCAUUCGGACUUAUACCCGGUUUGCUGGUGAUAAUCUUUUGUGCGUUAUGUUCACUAGGAGGCCUACUGUUGCAAGCCAAGGUGGCUCGCUAUGUCCCUGAGAAAUCUGCAUCUUUUUUCACUUUGACCCAGAUCAUAAAUCCAAACUUGAGUGUCAUAUUCGAUAUUGCGAUAGCUAUCAAAUGUUUUGGUGUAGGAGUUUCCUAUAUGAUUGUUGUUGGAGAUCUGACGCCACAAAUAGCGUCUGUAUUUACAUCAAAUCAUCUGUUGCUCGAUAGGAAUGUGCAUAUAACCCUUAUCAUGUUAUUCAUCGUUUCACCAUUAUGCUUUCUAAAAAGAUUGAGCUCACUUAGGUACGCAUCCUUAAUCGCACUUCUGUCCGUGGCAUACCUUUGUGUGUUGAUAUUUAUACACUUUGUUUGGCCCUCUGAAGAAAUUCAUGAUCUUAAGGGACAUGUCUCACUUUGGAUUCCCCACGAUGAGACUAAUCCGUUGACUACGUUACCAAUAUUUGUGUUUGCCUACACCUGUCACCACAACAUGUUUUCUGUGAUUAAUGAGCAAAAGGAUACCUCAUUCAGGCAUAUCAAGAAAGUGGCAAUCUAUGCCAUGUUCCUAGCUCUUUCACUCUAUUUGCUUAUUGGUGGUAUGGGCUAUCUGACAUUCGGUGAUCAUAUCAUUGGAAACAUUAUUAAACUAUACCCACAAUUCGCAUCUACGACUGUUGGAAGAAUAGCCAUUGUGCUACUUGUGAUGCUGGCAUUUCCCUUACAAUGCCACCCAGCCAGAGCUUCGAUUAAUCAUAUUCUUUUCUACUUGCAAGAACAUCUGUCCCAGUCCAAGCAGAACACAAGGACUGAUAACACUGCAAAUGCAGUGGAUGAAGCAUCGACUUUGAUUGUUAAUGGUGAUCAAGAAUAUAUGAUUGAUGAACUUAUCGAGGAAGACUCUGCUAAUCAGCCUCCGGUUGUCCCACUGCAUGGCAGAAAAUUUGUCAUCAUUACGAUUUUUCUCCUACUGGCAUCAUACCUACUAGCGAUCUCCGUGUCCUCGCUUGCCCGUGUGCUAGCAGUGGUUGGUUCCACAGGCUCAACCUCGAUUUCUUUCAUCCUCCCGGGUAUAUUCGGCUACCAAUUGAUAGGCUCAGAAGUCGACUCGGGGUCUCUACCAUUCAAGACAAAACUGUUCAAAUAUGCAGGCCUGGCGCUUGCAGUUUGGGGUGUUGUCGUUAUGGCCACCUGUUUGACAGCUACACUAACCAUGAAUGCUUCCCAUUAG